UAUAUGUUGUGACUCCAGAAGAUAGUUUCUUCCUGUUGGCCAAAGGACUAGAAGCCCGGGCGGUGUGGCAAUGGAAGAUCCAGCGGGCGGUGGGCCACGCCUUGAUGGACAAGAGAGACCUCCCCAUGUGGGGUGACGGGGGCAAAGGCUUUGCCCCCCCGCCCUGCCGCGUCGCUACCUUCGCAUUCAGGGCCGAAGGGCGGCUCAAGAGCGCCACCUACGAGGGGGAGUGGUGCCUGGGGAAACCCCACGGAAAAGGGAAGCUGGUGUGGCCCAAUGGGCAGAACUUUGCAGGAGAUUUCAAGGAAGGCCUGGAAAAUGGGUUCGGGAUCUCUUUGAUCCCUCAAGGAUCCAAUGACCACUACAACUGCUACAAAUGCCACUGGCGGAAGGGUCAGAUGGACGGCUACGGUAUCUGUGAGUACGGCAAUGAGAUGGUCUACAAAGGUUAUUUUAAGGACAACAUGCGCGAAGGUUUUGGCAUCCUGGAUAGCCCUCCGAGUACCGGUCAUCCCUUUAGAUACACAGGACACUGGACGAAGGACAAGAGAGCGGGUUAUGGUGUCUUGGAUGACAAGGAGAGGGGUGAGAGAUACAUCGGGAUGUGGGAAAACGAUCAGAGGCACGGACCAGGGAUUGUGGUGUUGCAGUCAGGAGUCUGCUUCCAAAGGACCUUCCACCUGGAUAAAAUGGUGGGAUCCGGAGUUCUCCUUCUGGAGGAUGAUUUGGUCUAUGAGGGAAAUUUCACAAACGACUUCAAGUUUGUUGGCAAGGGAAAACUGACAUUUCCAAACGGCUUCGUUCUGGAGGAAACCUUCACCAACAAAUCUAUAGAAGGAUUACAGGUUCCAGGAGCGAUGAUCCCUUCUGGCGAUCAACAAUCUUUCGCCAAAUCUGCUAUCCAGUUGGGUCAGGAAGACUUCCCGGUGGAGAAGCGAUGGGAAAACCUCUACGACCAGUUUCUGGCAUUCAUCCAUGCAGGAGGUCAAGCGGACACUGAAGAAUCGUUCAUGGGGUUUCACGUCCAGACGAGUCGCGAACUGCGCAAAUCUCAGGAGAAUCUCUUCUGCGAUGGCGGAAACAAGGAAGCGUCCGAGAAAACGGACUUUCUCGAAGAACUAAUAAAGCACCAGGAACCGGAAGCUCAGCCGAGUUAUUUGCAACAGGCUCUGGAGUCCUCAUUGCACCCUUUAGGGAAAUUGCUGAAAACCCUGAUUUUGGUGUUUCAGUCCACUUAUUCUGGCAUCGGGACUAACAAGCAUCUCUUGAGAAUGGCCCAAGAAGAGGUCAAAGACUACGCCAAGAAAAUAUGGGAAUUUUACCAAAGCUUGUUGCAACUUGCUUUGAAGGUCAAAGGCUUCAAUUCUCCCAAAAACACAGAAAAAAGGUACGUGGACGGAGGCUUCAUCGUCCUGCCUCUCAUCCUCCCCUAUUUCUACCCGGAUCUCCUGAUGCUCUACAUGGUGGCCCACGAGAAGCAGGACGAGGUUUACAGCCAGGGAAUCGUCAGCCUCAGUUGUUUCUCGGACACGGCCCUCCUGGAAUACCUGGGCGUGCAGAAAGACUUCUGGCCUGUGAAAGACCUCGCCCUCGCCAGGGACCAAAGGCAGUCGCUGGUGAAGGACCACUGCUUUCUCUCGGCCACCGAAUGUCUGCAGAAGCUGAUCGCUACCCUGGACCCCCAGGAGAAGCUGGAGAUCCUCCAGAAGACGUACGAGGAGAUUGAGGGAACGAUAAACCAACUAUUGGGGAAGGAGUGCAACCUACCCAUGGACGACUUACUGCCUCUGCUGACCUACGUGGUCACGCGGGCAAGCAUUCAACAUCUAGGAGCAGAAGUUCACUUGAUCAGAGAUUUGAUGGAUCCCACAAAUGGUGGAAAGCAUGACUUCCUCUUGACAGCACUGGAGUCCUGCUACCAGCUUAUCCAGGAGAUAAGGCUACCUCGAGCGGCGGGCGACUCCUGAAAGACUACGCAACCCAUCAUCAACAGCCAAUAGCAGUUGGAGAAUUUAUUCUGAUCAUGCCCAGGAACUGGACUGGACAUAGUUGCUGCUAUAGUUUUAUUUUUUUAAAUUAAUAUGUCUUUCCUAUGGGAAGUGUGUUCAUUCUUUUAGAUGAGCUGUCAAUUUGUUUGAAAUUGAACCAAUGACCGGAGCUCGUUUUGAGAUUGACAGAAAAAAAAGAGAUGGGGUAAGGCUACAGGUAGUCCUUGACUUACAACAGUGACCAUUCAAAGUUACAAACAGUGGUGAAAAAGUGACCUAUGGCCAUUUUUCACACUUGCGACUGUCGGGAGAAAUAUCCAUCUGGCUCGGUUCCAAGCUGGGAGAAAGACACUGGAAACCUGGAGGUUAAUCGGAAAGAUGGCUUAUUGAAGCAGAACCACAUGGGUUCUGGAUAGCUGACUACAUGGAGUUGAGAGCGGGGAAGUGGAGGU